AUCUAGACCGACAUUUAGUUUCAACUUGCGAUGAAAGCGACAUCUAUAUCCGGAGCGCCAUAGAAAACUCAAGUAUGGGUGACAGUGAUGAAGAUUAUGAUCGCAGGAAAGGACGAGACAAGUUUAGAAGAGAGAGGAAUGAUUAUGAGCGCCGUGGUGACGACAGACGCCGAGAACCAAGAGAGAUGUGGGAAUUAGACAGAUCUGCUGGCAGAUCUAGGGAAAUGUGGAAUAGCCGUAGUGGGGGACGUGAUCGUCGUGACAACUACCGGGAGUCGUACGACUCCCGGAGACGGGAACGAGCCUAUAGCCCAACUGGUCGUAGGGAAAUGAGUCCACCAAAUGCGAAACGUAUGAGACGUGACAAUUGGUAUAAGGAGGAAGGAGGUAGUGGGGGCGGAGGAUACCCCCAGUACGACAUAGGAGGAGGUGGCGGCGGCGGUUACGGGGCAAGACCGAUGCACGGAGGAGGAAUGCAUCCACAGAACUGGGGACAUGGUCACGAGGUUGGCAACAAUAUGCCCCCACAGCAACAGGGAGGCAGUGGCUUUAACCAGUCCGGACACAACAGGGAUUCUGAUCUACCGUCACAGCCCUCGAUGAUGUCGUUCAAACAGUUCCUAGCUCAGCAGGAUGACAGCAUCAGCGACCAGGAUGCCAUCAAGAAGUACAAUGAGUAUAAAAUGGACUUUAAACGACAGCAAACACACGAGUUUUUCCUUGCACACAAGGAAGAAGAAUGGUUUAAGACGAAAUACCACCCUGAGGAGUGUGAAAAGCGUCAGGAGGAAAUAAAAAUGGCCCUGCGUCAACGGUGUAAGGUAUUUACGGAGCUCUUCCAUGUUGGGCGUCUGGAGGGAGUAACAUGCGACACUGACAAGUCGGAACAGAUUGUUAAACUUCUGGAUGCAGCGGUGAUAAAGAUGGAAGGUGGUACAGAUUUUGAUUUGUCUAUCCUCGACCAGCCUGAUCAAGAGGACGGCGGGGCGCGUAGCAGAAACAAUUCUGAGUCUGUGAACACGGACCAGAGUCCAGAUGAGAAAAAGAGAAGACGGGAAAGUUCCAAGGAUAAGAAACCAGACGAGCCUCUGAAACUUCCAAUCUCUGCGGAACAGAAAGAGCUCAUGAAGAAAGCACAAGAAUUUUCCAAACAGCAGCAAGCUAAAAAUGGUGAUCAGGAGGAAAAGAAACCUAAAAAGAAGAAAAGACACCGCGAUAAAACUGAAUACAGCUAUGAGAGUGGUUCAGAGUCGGAGAGUGGAACAGGUUCCGAGUCGGAACCGGAACCAGCGCCACCUGGACUUGAGGAUGAACCUCCAGCAACGGGUCUGGAGUCGUCAACAGACUCUGUCAGCGUGCCUGGUGUUUCCUCGUCCACUGAGGAUGUAGCCAAACCAGAGGACACAAAGAAAGAAGAUGAAACAGUAGAGAAUGAAAAAGACGAGGAUACCACCCAGAAGGAGGAGGGAGGAGAGAUAAACCACUCCCCCAAACCCCGUGCUCUGCACAAAACUUGCUCCAUCUUCCUUCGAAACCUUGCACCUUCCAUAACCAAACAAGAAGUCGAAGCGAUGUGUAAGCGCUAUCCAGGGUUUAUACGAGUUGCCCUCCAAGACCCUCAACCAGAAAGGAACUUCUUCCGGCGGGGCUGGGUCACAUUUGAACGGGAUGUGAAUAUCAAAGAAAUUUGCUGGAAUCUCAAUAACAUCAGACUGAGGGACUGUGAGCUGGGAGCGACAUUAAAUCGUGAACUGAAACAGCGUGUACGACCUAUCAAUGGACUGACAGCCCACAAACAGAUCGUCAAGGGAGAUAUCAAAAUCGCAGCCAAGGUCAUCCACAACCUCGACAAGAAGUGGUGCAUCUGGGAUGACCCUGAGGGGGAGAAAGGAGAUAAAUCAAAAGAGCAGUCCUACAGUCUGAUAUCGCGGAACCCUGUCCUCAAAAACAUCACUGACUAUCUGGUAGAGGAGGGUAGCUUUGAGGAGGAGGAACUUUUAGGACAAUCAUUAGAUGAGUGCGAGAAGGAAACACCAGGAGAGACUGGCAUUGAGAGGGAGGAGAACGUCAUCAAGGCUUUAGACAGAAUGAUCCUUUAUCUGCGCGUCGUGCAUUCCAUCGACUACUACAGUGCUAACGAAUACCCUAAUGAAGAUGAGAUGCCUCACCGAUGUGGGAUCAUGCACGCCCGGGGACCGGCACCUCUAAAUAAACUAUCGGCAGCUGAAACUGCAGAAUGGACCAAGAGUUUUGAAGAGAAACUCAAAGUGUUUGCAGAACCACAGGACUUGUUAGCCGAGGCAGAGGCAGCUAAGCUCGGGAAGAAAGACCCAGAAGCUGAAGUGGAGAAGUUUGUCACAGCAAACACCCAGGAGCUAGCCAAGGACAAGUGGCUGUGCCCCAUGAGUGGAAAGAAAUUCAAGGGUCCAGAAUUUGUCCGCAAACAUCUUUUCAAUAAGCAUGCCGAAAAGGUUGAGGAAGUAAAGAAAGAGGUAACGUUUUUCAACAACUAUCUCUUGGAUCCAAAACGACCUUCGUUACCGGAACACCCUGGUAACAAACCCCAGGGGUCAGUGCCAGGCUCGAGUGGUCAGAGCCAGUUUGGCAGUCACGGACCAGCUAGCUUCGUGGCACCGCCCCAACAAGGCAUGAUGGGAUACGGUCAACCACGUCAUCAAAUGAUGUUUGGUAACAAUCAGACACAACAGACCUAUGGUAACCAGAGUUACGGAGCUCGAGGAGGCAGUGAACCGCACAGAGGCGACCCCUACAGGAGAUCGCCGUACCAAAACAAUUUUAAUCGAUCAAGUUCAAAUAGAGGGAAGUGGAACAAUGAACAUCGCAGAUCUGACCCAAGAGGAAUCAUAGAAUACAGAGACUUGGACGCCCCCGAUGAUGCUGAUAUCUUUUAAGCUUGAUAUUGAGAUGUGUGAGGAUGCCGACACGUUAUACAGAUUUUGUAUUCUUGGACGAUACUCGUAUGCUGAAAAUUGAUGACUAUUUUAUUAUUCUGCCAGUGACGGUAUAAAGAGAAGAAGUGUAGAUUAACUAAUUAAAGGCGUCUAUCAACAUGUUCAAUAAAGCAAUCCAAAGAAUCGUGAACAAUUUAAGGAUAUAAUCUACAUUGAAACAACAAAUCCAAGAGCGGUUGGUGGCAAUAGCCGAUACAUGAUGGAGAUGAUAAUUUUCUGGAAACUCAUUGCAUGUGAACUUGUUAAUAUCUUUAUCUCCAUUCGUCUCUGACCAUUGCCAUGGAAUCAUCAUAUACACUUUCAAUCAUUGAAAGGCUGUUUCACCAAUAUGGACUCGACCGUCAUGGAUUUAAGAUAACAUUUUGUUUAUUUUCAAAUCACUGAGUUAAUUGACAUCAUGAACUGUCGUUUUAGGAAUGUCACCGUUUUCAUCAGUCAUCAUCUUCAUGCAGGUUGUUUUCAGGCAAUUAAUUGGAAUACUUUCAAUGUGCUAUACUGAUGUAGUACAGAGUAAUGUUAUGGCCAAUUCGUAAUUUGACACAUGUAUUACUUGUUUACCUCACCAAUAUAACAAUCAAAUUAAGGACCUAUAUUCAUGAAAAUAUUCUCAUGCCAAAACUCGGAUUCUGUGCUCAAGCCUAAUUUCUUGUUCUCGUGCGAAAUCAACAAACAAUCCCACACAGUAGUUAAUGAUAUGGGGCUUUCUGGAGACCUAAAGCCAAAAACUGUUUUCAAUAAUUACAACUGAAUUCUAGAUCGUAUUACAUGAUUCAAGUAAGUUACAUGAAAGUUGGUUGGAUCAUUAAAUCAUGCAUCUGCAUGAGAAUUUUCAUGAAUACUAGGUUGAAUUAAUUUCUUUAAAGAUUUUCUUUCAUUUUAUAGCAAAGCACCAUAUUUGGACUAAAACCAAAUGUAAAGUCAUUAGUAGAACUCGUGACUGAACAAAAUAAAAAUAAAUGGUAUAAAAUGAUUGACAUUGAUUACAAUUCUAGCGAAAAGAAGACUUCAUUUAAAUCUCGAUAUUUAGUAGUUGCAUUGAAUACUAAUCAUGGAGUCCAUUGGGUAAUAAUUCUCGUGUUGCAUGAAACAUGCAGGGUAACGUAUGACGUUGAUUGAACAAAACUUGUAAUUAAAUUGAUUUUAACUCAACAUUUCAAUUAUUGUCCACGAAUUGCCUCGAUUUUAAAAGUGCGUUUGUUUUGCAUUGAUUUUUAAAGAAACAUUCAAUUAAAUAUUUUUAAUUUCCCUUUAUUAUUAUUUAUUGUUGUAUGAAAUGUUGUGUGUUCCCUAUAUGAAUAGUUGUAAGAUGAUCUACGAAUAAAAUGCAAGAUUCAUAAUAAUACGAAGACCAGUAAGAUAUUUUCUUUUCUGAAAUCUUUCCAAAAUGAUCCAGUGAGUGUUUCCGUCUGUAUAACGCUAUUCUUGAAGGAAAAGACGUCAAAUUUAAAUUGAAAGCUAAAAAGUAUAAAUAUUACGUAGAAUACAACCAAUUAACAUACAACAGCAUAUUUCCAGAAAUAGUGUACGAAUGUUUUAAACAUAUUUCAUGUACUGCUUGUAAUUUGCGUCCACUGUAAAUCCAGUAUGAAAGGCGGUUUGUUGUUUAUUCAUAAUGGAUCAUAUUCAGUGUAGGUUUUAAUAUCUGACCCUUCCUCUUGUUUGUAAGGAACAAAACAGAUGUUUAAUGACAAUAAAUAUGAUGAAGUACAUACA